CAUCAGUGCAGGCAGGCGGGAAAUAUGCGACGCGGAUGUUUCUUGUGUGCGCGCAGCAGAGUCCGCCGUGCGUCUUUACGCUCAGAAGCCACCAAGCCCUUUUAUCUCUCUCUCUUUCUCUCUCUCGUUUCUCCCUCUCCAGUCUCACCUGCAAAGCCACGGCGGAGGACAGCGUAGCUUCUCAGCGCUGAGUGACUCACAGUUAACCAUGAAGGAGCACCAGGCGCAGUAACUCCCUGCUAACCACAACCAAGCUGCAAGAGAGGAUCGCGAUCAUCACCAUGACCCUAUAAAACCCCACUGACCAUCUCCGAACAGCAAAGGAGAAGUGUAAAGAGGCCUUUAUUUGUAAAUUUCAGUCCGCAGAUGGACCGAGUGCCCUUGGCACUGGCCGCUAAAAUGCGCUGGAUUACGCUGGUGCUUGCGGGGUUGACUUUCUGGGGAAAACUUACUAUUUCUAACAGUUUCGACUACGAGGAGCCCCAAUUUGAUUAUUAUGAAGAGGAGAAAGUGGAGAGCAUUGACUACAAAGACCCGUGCAAAGCUGCUGUAUUUUGGGGCGACAUUGCCUUAGAUGAAGAGGACCUGCAGAUGUUCCAGAUCGACAGAACAAUAGACCUCAAACAACACACACACAUGCGUUCACACUCCCGACAGGGACAUACUUCAGGAGGUCUUGGGGAACAUGAAACUGUUAAGAGAGGAUCGUUAUACCUUCUGCUGGAGAGGAUACGCAGAUUUGGCUUUGACUACAUACCAAAGAAUGAAAGCAAGGGAGCUGCCAGUUCAAAAACCCAAACCUGGAAAGGUGGCAAUCCUAGUGAGUCUGCAAAGAGCCGUGUUCCUCGAGCAGCCACAUCCCGAGCUGAAAGAAUUUGGCCUGGGGGAGUCAUCCCCUACGUCAUCGGAGGAAACUUCACUGGUAGUCAGAGGGCCAUGUUCAAGCAGGCAAUGCGUCACUGGGAAAAACAGACGUGUGUUACUUUCAUUGAAAAGACUGAUGAGGAAAGCUACAUCGUCUUCACCUACAGACCCUGCGGGUGUUGUUCCUAUGUUGGUCGUCGCGGCAACGGACCACAAGCCAUCUCCAUAGGGAAGAACUGUGACAAGUUUGGCAUUGUGGUACAUGAGCUCGGCCACGUCAUUGGCUUCUGGCAUGAACACACGCGGCCUGACCGUGACGAUCAUGUGACCAUAAUCAGGGAUAACAUCCAGCCAGGUCAGGAAUACAACUUCCUAAAGAUGGAGCCAGGGGAGGUGAACUCUCUUGGAGAACCAUAUGAUUUUGACAGCAUCAUGCACUACGCCAGGAACACAUUCUCACGUGGGAUGUUCCUUGACACGAUCCUUCCAUCCAGAGAUGAAAAUGGGGUCCGACCGGCUAUCGGCCAGCGAACCAGGCUCAGCAAAGGAGACAUUGCACAGGCAAGGAAGCUGUAUAGAUGUCCAGCUUGUGGAGAAACCCUUCAAGAGUCAACCGGUAACUUCUCGUCACCUGGUUACCCCAAUGGAUACCCCUCAUACACUCACUGUGUCUGGAGAAUAUCUGUUACUCCUGGAGAGAAGAUUGUUCUCAACUUCACCACCAUGGAUCUAUAUAAAAGCAGCCUGUGCUGGUAUGAUUACAUCGAGGUCCGGGAUGGAUACUGGAGAAAAGCUCCACCGCUCGGCAGGUUUUGUGGAGAAAAAAUCCCUGAAGUUUUGAUUUCAGCUGACAGCAGAAUGUGGAUCGAGUUUCGCAGUAGCAGCAACUGGGUGGGCAAAGGCUUUGCUGCUGUUUAUGAAGCGAUCUGUGGAGGGGAAAUCACCAAGGACACCGGGCAAAUUCAGUCUCCCAACUACCCCGAUGACUACAGGCCCUCCAAAGAGUGUGUGUGGAGGAUCACUGUGUCUGAGGGAUACAAUGUUGGACUUAGCUUCCAGGCCUUCGAGAUCGAGAGGCACGACAGCUGUGCCUACGACUACCUGGAGGUCCGUGAUGGCCCACUUGAAACAAGCCCACUAAUUGGUCGAUUCUGUGGCUACGACAAACCUGAAGAUGUUCGUUCCACUUCCCACACUCUGUGGAUGAAGUUUGUCUCAGAUGGGACGGUGAACAAGGCUGGCUUCGCUGCCAACUUUUUCAAAGAGGAAGAUGAAUGUGCCAAGCCAGACAAUGGUGGAUGUGAGCAGAGGUGUAUAAACACUCUCGGCAGCUUCAAGUGCGCCUGUGACCCUGGCUACGAACUGGCUCCUGACAAGAAGAGCUGUGAAGCUGCCUGCGGUGGUCUUCUGUCCAAGCUGAAUGGAACCAUCAGCACUCCUGGUUGGCCUAAAGAAUAUCCACCCAACAAGAACUGUGUGUGGCAAGUGGUGGCCCCCACUCAGUACCGCAUUUCCAUGCAGUUUGAGGCUUUUGAGCUGGAGGGCAACGAGGUUUGUAAAUACGAUUAUGUUGAGGUGCGGAGUGGCCUCUCGUCCGACUCUAAGCUGCACGGGAAAUACUGCGGCACAGAGGUCCCUGAGGUCAUCACCUCUCAAUACAACAACAUGAGGAUUGAGUUCAAGUCAGACAACACAGUUUCCAAGAAAGGCUUCAAAGCUCACUUCUUUUCAGACAAAGAUGAAUGCAGCAAGGACAACGGCGGCUGCCAGCACGAGUGCAUCAACACAGUGGGCUCGUACGUUUGUCAGUGUCGCCACGGCUUUGUACUGCAUGAAAACAAACAUGACUGUAAAGAAGCUGAGUGCAAGCAUAAGAUCCACAGCCCCAGCGGGACCCUGAGCAGCCCUAACUGGCCUGACAAGUAUCCCAGCCGUAAGGAGUGCACCUGGAACAUAACUGCCACACCGGGACACAGAGUCAGGAUAGUGUUCAGUGAAUUUGAGAUUGAGCAGCAUCAGGAAUGUGCUUAUGACCAUCUGGAGGCCUUUGACGGGGACAGUGACACAGCGGCCAUCUUGGGUCGUCUGUGUGGCAGCAAGAUCCCAGAGCCCCUGGUCUCCACUGGGAACAAGAUGUACCUGCGCUUCAUUUCUGACGCCUCGGUGCAACGGAAAGGAUUCCAGGCUACUCAUUCCACAGAGUGUGGAGGCCGUUUGAAAGCAGAAGCUCAUCAGAAAAACCUUUACUCCCACUCCCAGUUUGGAGACAACAAUUACCCGGGUCACACAGACUGCGAGUGGCUGCUGACCACCGAACAGGGCUACGGCAUCGAGCUCAGCUUCAUCACUUUUGAAGUGGAGGAGGAAGCAGACUGUGGUUAUGACUACAUUGAGCUGUAUAACGGAUAUGAUGCCAAUUCACACCGAUUAGGCCGCUUCUGCGGUUCAGGGCCCAGAGAGGGGGUUUAUUCCCCGGGAGAUGCCAUGCUGAUCCGGUUCCACAGCGACGACACAAUCAGCAAAAAAGGUUUCCACAUCCGAUACACAAGCAGCAAGUUCCAGGAGAACCUUCACACCAGGAAAUGACUCUACACUGAGACCUGUGACCUCUGCAGCAUGGCAAUAAGAAAAAUACAGUUUCUUCCAUAUAUCUCUGACCCACAGACAGUUGAGGACAUUGACUAGCGCCCAGAUAGGGGACAGCUGUUGGUGCAAACAUUUGUUUACAAAAGAGUCAUCAAACUCUGAGACGAAGCAAAAAUGAAAAUGAGAAUUCAAGAAUCAAGUCUGAGUCUUGAAAAAGGGUUGCAGGAGAUCCGGAGAAAAAGGGUUGCAGGAGACCCGGAUCUGUUUGAGGUAUUAUUCAUGGACACACAAACGCAAAGAAACCACUUACAGGACAGCCUAGACUCAUAUCUUCAAUUAUAAACUGGGUGUGAAGGAGACUAAUGAACAGAGUCAAGACAAGAGUUCUGUGCAGCUCUUUGUUCUGUGCAAUUUUCUGUCACCAGAUGGCUGCUUACAUCCACAGUAACCCAGACUGCUGACAGACGUUUUAUUUGCCUUGGAUGGCUGGAACUGGCCUCUUCAGCCCAGCUUUGAACGGCUGCAGAUAAUUUUAUUUCUGUGUAUUGUUAAGCCCAAUGUGUUUACUGUGUGUUUAUGUGAGCGUGAGUUUGCGGAGCAAAGAACAAACAAAAGGCUGAAGUCCGUCCUUUAAGCCUUGCUUGCUUAAAGCUCAUGCAGAUCAUUGUGGAUUGGAACAGAAAACAAAUAAUGGAGAUUUUAUAAUUUGUAACAGUGAUGUUAAGCCUUGCUUUAUGUCGUGGUUAUAAGUUUGCAUUGCCCUAACAAACAUAUUUGACUGAUGGUGUUAAGUUUCAUACCCCCACAGUAUUUGUUUUUACUUAUAAUAUAAGCGGAUAUCUGAAGGGAAUAACUCUCAUUAUUGUCGAAGGAGAGACCCUCAUGGUGCUAAAAUAAAACUGAAUGAAAGUUUUCUAAUGGAGAUACAUUUACUUGCAAAGGUGUUUAUAUCCUUUGAACUUUGUCUCUUUUUGUUGCGUUACAACCACAAACUGAAUAGUAUUGGAAUUAUUUGUGAUAGAUCAACACAAAGUAUUGCAUAAUAGUGAAGCAUUAGGAAAGGAUACAUGGAAUCUGAAAAGUGGGGUGUAGGUUUGUAUCGGGCCUCUUGAGUCAAUACUGUGUGAAACGAACUUUCAUUCAAAUGACAACUUUAAGCUUUUGGCACAGAUACGGACAUUUUUGCCUAUUCUUCUUUGCGAAAUAGGUCAAGUUUUCUCAGGUCUUGCUACCGAUUCCCAACUGGAUUUUGCCCUAGACUUUGACUAGGCUAUUCUAACUCAUGAACAUGCUUUGAUCUACACCAUCCAAUUGUACUUCUGGCUGUAUGUUUAUAGCUGUUUUCCUGUUGAAAGGGAAACCUCCAUUCCAGUCUCAAAUCUCUUACAACAUCUAGAAGGUUUUCUUUCAGGAUUGGUGUGCAUUUAGCUACAACCAUCUUUCCUUCAACUCUGAUAAGCUUCCCUGUCCCUCCUGAACAAAAAUAUCCCCACCACUACAAAGUAUGUCAUCUACAGAGAGAGAACAUAAAGUUUUUGACAUCCAUAGGUCAGUCGAUGACAAAGCUUAACAAAGAAACUUUGAGCCAGGUAAAAACUUCUAUGGAGAGAACAAAACACAGAGAGAAUAUAAUGUUAAUGGUACAUCACAGGUAAUCACAAACAGAAAGUAGUAAGAAAGAGCAGCAGCGUAAGGAAAAGUGGUUAGUAUGCCCUCCAGCAACCGAGGCCUGACAAACCUCUGAGGUCUUCAUAGAACAGCUGUAUUCAUAGUGAGAUUAAAUUACACACAGGUGACCUCUGAACGCAUUUGGUUGCACUGGACUUCUUUGAGAGGUAUUGAGUGAAUGGGGGCUGAAUUAAAAACCCACACCACAUUUUUCAUGUUUAUUAGCAAAGCAGUUUUUAAAGCCAUGCUUAAUUUUUCUUCCACUUCACAAGUGAAGGAAAAAUUUGUAGUAGUUUAAGUUCACUUAAAAUUACUGAAGUUUGUGGUUGUAAUGUGGCAAAAUGUGAAAAUAUUAAAGGGGUAUGAAUACUUUGCAAGGCACUGUCCAGCCAAUGUGCAAAAGGCACGCUGCAACAUCAGCUUCUCCAGAUCUGUGGGACCACUAAAUAAUGCCUUACAACCAAAUUUAUGGUUCCACUGGUCUCACUUAUGCUCUUGCAUAGCUGUCUACACAUGUUUGACUGCAUAUAGAGUGGUUUUACUGUAAAAAGAAAACAUACCGGAAGUGUGAUUUGUAUGUGCGGUAGAGUGUCUACAGUGCAUGCGUGUUUGUGUUGGUGACGCUCACAUGCUAACAGAACAUCUUUAUGUCUUUGCGCAUUCCAACGGAUUCUAUCUGAACGCUUUCUCAUGGUAUAUCUGGAGCAUGAAGAGGAAGAAGUCAAACGAAUAUCUGCUGCAUUUUUUCUGUUUUAAACUCUAACGUGUAAGUGUGUGUUGUAGCUGAUUUAUAAGGAAAACAUUUAUGUGUUUGUCUGUAAGUUGUAUGUGCUUGAAUUGAAUAUUUCAUUGUAUGUGCCAAGCUCCAAGUGACCCACUCUGAUCUAUCCCAGACUUUGUUUUCUCACUCCAUGUCCAUGUCUGUAGUUCAGAGACAUUGACGUCCGCUGCAUCACUCAUUAAAAUACACACAGGUUCAAA